CUCAAAACGCGUGAUUUUCAGGUUCAAAUUUCAAAUACUCAGCAAACUAGCAAAAUAAAGGUGAGUGUUUGCCAUUUAUUCUUUUUCUAAUUAAUAAUUUAUAAGGAUUUCUGUAAAAAGGAGAACUAUCUGUUUAUGAAACAAAACUCCUCAAACGUAGAGGACAGGUGUGGCACCUGUUUUGACUGUACAUGCAGGACAAGAGUGGAGAGUGCAAGACAAAUGAUGCCAACUUAUGUGAAGCUUAAACUUCUCCUAGUUGCUGUUUUGUUUUGAAAUGAGUUCAGGUUUUUAUUGUAAUGGGAAAAUAUUGAUCUGAACUAGUUUGUGAUACCUUUCUCUGUGAAAUUUAUGAUAUAAAAACUAAAAUGUCAACAUUGCACCAUUGCUCCUUUUACAGUGCAGCCAUGGCACCCAAAUAUGAGGGCUUGUCCCAUUGUAAACUGGCCCUUGUGUUUGCUGUGGUGCUGGACCUGCUGGGUGUAAUAUCCCUGCUGCUUGGAGUCUUUGCAUCAUUAGAAAUUAAAGGCAGAGACUUUGGGGAUCUGCUGGUGUACACAGGAGCCCUGCUGGUGCUUAUGUCCCUAGCAGGCUGGGUCAUGUGGUACAGUGGCAAUAUUGAAGGUCUGACCUCCAAAAAGGAGUUAGGAGGAGCUGUUGGUGGAGCUGUGGACCGCCUUGCUCGCUCCCUAAGCCGCAGGAUACGGAUCCCAAGGACUCACAGCAGCCCAACCUAG